GACGACGCGGGCGGGGUGGCUCCCCGCCGCCCGCUCACACAGCGAGCCUCCGGCCCCGCGCGCCCUGCCUCGGGGACUGACCUCAUCGCAGCCAACCCUUUGCCUGUGCCAGGCGCGCCCUGGGGACCCCCGACGGGGCCCAUGUUUUGCUGGGGGACCUGGGUAGGAUGCGCUGGGCUGAGCUGGGCGGGGAGAGAGCCGGGCGGCCUAGGGCGCUAACCUGAGAUGGUGCCAGCCAUUCUGCUGUUCGUCCCUUUGCACUUCUCCACGCCCUCUUAGGUCUGGAAUGGGGCCUUCUGCUGCGGGCGCUCAGUGCGACCUCCGAACCCUGGUUGAAGUAAUGGCACGUGGCGCUUUGCGUGAAUUCUGUUGGGAAGGUCCCAGGCGGGAAACAACCAGGCGCUUUCUGCAUGCCUGCAUCCUCUAGUAAUCUUUGUCUCUGGACUGGCUUGCUGGUCUCAUCUUCCCCUUGCUUAGUCAUAUUUUUGAAGCUCUCCCAAGCCAUGUCCAGACCCUCCCUCAUCACCUUCACCCCAGCCACUGACCCCAGUGACUUCUGGAAAGAUGGGCAGCAGCAGUCACAGGCUGAAGAGCUGGAGCCUGCCUUGGAUGGGGCUGCAGCCCGGGCCUUCUAUGAGGCCUUGAUUGGAGAUGAGGGCAGCACCCCUGAACCUCAGAGACCACACCCUGAGCCUGUCAGGGAGAGGAAGAGAAAGAGAAGACUGGUGAGAGAGACUGCAGCAGAAGCCUCAGGAGGACAUGAUCAGAGGAGAUCCCUUGAGGCUGAGGACAAGAUGACUCAUCGGAUACUGAGGGCAGCCCAGGAGGGGGACCUGGCAUCACUAAGGCGGCUGUUGGAUCCCCAGGAGGCAGGGGGCGCUGGGGGGAAUAUCAAUGCUCGGGAUGCCUUCUGGUGGACCCCCCUGAUGUGUGCUGCCCGAGCAGGCCAGGGGGCUGCUGUGCGCUAUCUCCUGGACCAGGGAGCUGCCUGGGUUGGAGUUUGCGAGCUGGGCGGCAGGGAUGCUGCUCAGCUGGCUGAAGAAGCAGGCUUCCCUGAGGUGGCCCGCAUGGUCAGAGAGAGUCAUGGAGAGACGAGGAGACCAGGGAGCAGGUCCCAAUCCCCGUCCACCCAGUACUGUGAGACCUGUGAUGCCUACUUCCAAGACUCUAACCACUGCACAUCUACCGCUCACCUGCUGUCACUGUCCCGUGGUCUCCAGAACCCCAGUCUGCACUUUGGGAUGCCUACCUCCAGCCCAGGCUUCAAGCUGCUGCUGAGGGCAGGAUGGGAGCCUGGAAUGGGUCUGGGCCCUUGGGGCAAGGGCCGUGUCAACCCCAUCCCCACUGUCCUCAAGAGAGAUCAGGAAGGGUUAGGAUACAGACCACCAUCCCAACCCAGAGUCACACACUUCCUGGCUCAGGAUACCCGGGCAGUGGCUGGGAGGGAGAGAGCCCCUCAGGCAACCACCCUGAGCAGGAGGGAGGAGAGAAGGCGGAAGGACAAGGACAAAGCCUGGGAGCGGGAUCUGAGGAUAUACAUGAACCUUGAGUUCUGACCUUGGCAAAGUCCGACACUGGACUUCAGUUGAAAUUUGAACUUGUGUGUCUGACCUGGGCCCUUUGAGUUACACUUCCUGGUGUCUGCUCAAGUCCCAGACACUCAGAUUUUUUACCUUUAAGAGGGGGGCUGAGAGUUGAGAAAUAAAUCAGUCAUCU